AUGAUUUUUCAUCUCACUACUCUAUUAACUUUCUCCACUCUAUCUCUUGUCUCAUCACAAAUACUAGAAUGUCCGCAUGGCUGGCAAGAAUUUAGUGGCACUGCUUCAUGCUACAGAUUUAUUCGUUUCCCAAAAGAAACCUAUAACGAUGCUGUUGCUCGCUGUCCGACUGAUCUCUUGAGUGUUGAAUCCUUUCCCGAACAUUUAUUCAUCCAAGAUUGGUUAAAUGCAAAUGAUCCUUCUUCACAACUCUGGUUGACAAGUGGCAGACGAAACGGACCGUUUUGGCAGUGGGUGAAAAGAACCGGUAUAUCAAAUCUUCAAUUUGAUCAGGGCUGGUUACCAAACACUCAAGCGGAAAUACAAUUACGACUAUUUAUCGUCUACGCUUAUCAAAGUAGUCAAUGGGGUUGGUUACCAUAUGAUCUAACAUUGGCAGAUGUUGUACCAUACAUUUGUGAAGUGCCAAUUCGAGAUACAUAUAGUAUCAUGGAUAAUUAUCGUAGCAUUGAAUAUGGUUUACCGUCGAAUAUUGAACAGCAGUUCGUUCCUCGCGCACCGAAAUUUUUUGAACAACCACAGGAUCAAGAGUUCGGACGAAUCGAUCAAAUAACAUUGGGCAGUGGUAGUACAUUUGGUAUCAGUAAAUUAUCCAUAUCGAUUGUAGUUACACUGACAUGUCGGGCUGAUGCAUAUCCAGUGGCUGAUUAUUAUUGGUUUCGUAUGACGACAGGUGUGAUUUCUGAGGCUGUUCUCAUCAAUUUAAACGAUCCGCGUUAUUUCCAACAUGGUGGAAAUAUAUUGAUUAAUAAUCCGACGAAUGAAGAUAGUGGAACUUAUUUUUGUAAAGCAAGUAAUUAUUUUGGCACAGCGAUUAGUAAUCGCGUUUAUCUACGUGAAAUAACCGUUGGACAAUUUGAAAAACGUGAACGACCAAAAGUUAUUGCCGAUGGUCAUCGUGAUGCUGUGAUUGAUUGUUUAUACAAGAAUUCCAAUACAGGAGAUUUGAAUUAUGCUUGGUUCAAAGGUUCAAUUAAUCAAAAAGUUCAACAAUCUGCCGAACGGUUUAUUUCUCGGAAUGGAAAUUUAUAUUUUUCACGUGUUACUGAUGGUGACUCCGGCAAAUAUUACUGUGCCGUCCAAGCAGAAAAUACACGUCUCCGUUAUUUACCAUCUCAAACGAGUGAAGGUACAGAACUCGAUGUUCGUUCCACAUUCGGUCAAGAGCGUAGUCCACGUAUCUUUCCAAACUUUCCUCAUGUUUUUCCCACCACACAUCUACCUCGAUUGGGUGAGAAUGCCACGAUCGAAUGUAUUGCUGAAGGCUACCCCGUUCCGACUUAUCGUUGGUUUCGCGAAGAUGAAGCUGGAAAUAUUUUUCCAUUACAAUCGAAAAUAAUCUUGAAUAAUUUCAAUCGCGAACUGAUUAUUCCGAACUUACAGCGUGAUGAUAUGGGUCUAUAUCGUUGUGAAGUUUCGAAUACACGAGCUGUUAUUUUUCAAUCUGUUUCUUUACAAAUCCAAAUCGAUCCGGUAUUUGUCGUGCCACUCGAAGAUCAAAUUCUUGACGUGGGAACAGUUUUACAAUUCUAUUGCGAAGCGUAUACAAAUGAAAUGGAACUCUUACGUUAUUCAUGGUUUAUCAAUGGAACUGAAAUCUUCUGGGAACGACUAACCUUCGUUCAACAACAGCGACUAACAAUAAGUAAUAAUAUUUUAAUCAUCUCAAAUGUUCAACCCUUCGAUAACGGAAUUUAUCAAUGUGCAGCAACAAAUACUCAAAAUAAUAUUCAACGUUUCAGUGCAGCCGAAGUUCGUGUUAUCACAUUGGCGCCGACAUUCGGUAAACAUACCAUGUUGUCAACAUUACGAUCGAAUGUUGGUGGUCUCGUAACUAUUAUUUGUCAUCCAGAAGGUGCACCUCAACCACAAGUACAAUGGUAUAAAGAUACUAUGCCAUUGAAUCUUGGAAGUAAUGCUCAAGUGUUUCCAAAUGGAAAUUUAGUGAUUACAAAUGUUCAAUUAAUGGAUGCCGGUAAUUAUACCUGUAUGGCAACAAACAUAUAUGGUGUUGCACAACAGAGUACGUAUGUUUAUGUAAUGCCUGAGGGUACAACGAUCAUCUCGACGCCAGGUGGACGAGAUGUGAUACUUAAUCAAACAAUCAUCAUCCCAUGCGAGGCUCGCUCAAUGAACCAAAUGGAUUUAACGUAUUAUUGGCGUUUUAAUAAUGAAAUUUUAACUAUUGAUAAUAAACGCUUUCGACAAGAUAAUCCUGAUCGUCCUGGUGAUUUACGUGUUGUCCAAGCUCAAUAUAGUAAUGCUGGUCGUUACACAUGUGUAGCACAAACAACUGUAGAUGAACAAAGUUCGUCCUAUCAAUUGAAUGUCUUCGGACCACCUGGCCCCAUAGCUGGAGUUCGUUGUAGUCAACCAUUUCAACGACAAGUAACACUAUCUUGGGUUGUCGGCAAUGAACAUGGUGCACCGAUUUUGCACUAUACCAUCGAAUCUUUGUCGAAUCGUCGAUCUUGGUGGGUAUUUCAUGGAAAUUUUAGUAUACCGUUAACUGCAACCAAGUAUAUGUCAAUGACAUUGACUGGCUUGUCAGCAUUCACAGACUAUCGUUUUCGUAUCUUUGGCACGAAUAUCUAUGGUUCGGGUGAACUAUCAGAAAUUUCAUCACCGUGUGUCACUCAGCCGGAUAUUCCUGGUUUGGCACCUGUUGGAUUGGGUGGUGGUGGAGGUAAAAUUGGUGAUUUACGCGUUACUUGGGAGCCAUUGCCAAUGGAUUUUUGGAAUGGACCUAAUCUGACAUAUCGAAUUUACGCACAAAAGCAAGGAGAAAAUCGACAACAAGUGUAUACAGUGCUUGAUCCACUUCGAAACUUUUUUAUUACUCAUCUGUCUGAUAAAUUGUACUAUUUUCCAUACAAUGUUCGUAUUUCUGCUGUGAAUGCUCUCGGCGAAGGUCCCAUAUCUCCUAAUGUAACGAUUCGAUCUGCUGAAGAUCGUCCGUCACGUCAAGUACUCAAUGUCAAAUGCAAUCCAUACAAUAGUACAGCAAUGACUGUCACUUGGGAUAUGGUCGAUGAGAAUGAUUACAAAGUCCUACGAGGUCGUUUACUCGGUUACAACGUACGCUAUUGGCGUGUUGGUCUUGAUGAACUUGAGAAUUAUUGGGAACGUCGUUUUCCUGGUCAGCGUUCUCGUGCGACUAUUAUCGGUCUUGAAUCGAAUGUCGAGUAUAACGUCCGUGUCUCUGUCUAUACUCAAUUUGGUGAUAGUCCCGAAAGUAGUAUAUAUUCCCAUCGAACAUUUCGUUUACCACCAUUAUUGCCGCCACAAUACAUCUCCAUUCGACAACCUCGACGUGCGAAAGACCAGCGUGUACGAUUGUUUGGUAAUGUUUAUAUGUAUAAACUUGAAGUCGAAUGGCGAGGAAUAUUUACUUCGUCAGAUGAAGAACCUUUGGAAGGUUAUAUGGUCAAAGUUUGGGAACACUAUCAAACGAUUCGUAAUGCGUCGAUUUACUAUGUCGAUGGAUCACGGUAUAAAGUAAUUAUUGAUAAUUUAUAUGUCAAUCGAAAUUAUAAAUUACGAGUGCAAGCUUGGUCACUUGGUGGCGAAGGCAAAUAUUCGUCACCAGAAAAAGAAUUUCGAUUUGACAGUGACGGGCGUUUAUUAAUUCUCUAUAAUCCCGAUACAAGUCUUCUCUAUCAUAACAGUGUUUCAAAGCAAUAUCCAUCUUCAGUAAUAUGGUUUAUUUUUGUCAUAGUUUACACUAUUUAUCACGACAAAUAG